AGAGAAAGACAGAUGCCCACGAGGCUUGACAAUACAGCUUUGAGAGCAUAUCAAAGACUGGGACAGGUAAUGUUGUAUCACGAUUCCAGUACCUGGUCAAGGAGACCUGUGACACCGUGUCUCAAUACACUACCCUGGCCCUCUCCUGUCAGAGUGAUAUAUUCCCAACUCUCCAAGGCCUUGCAAAAGUCAUGCAGAAAGAGAGGGGAUGCAGUUACUACGCCGGGUUAUGGCAGGACACUAUACUCAAGGAUCUGCUGUGGUAUUGCGAAGAAGUAUGCACCCGUCCAACUGCAUACCGAGCCCUAACGUGGUCCUGGGCUUCGAAAAUGGGCGGAUCGAGCUGGACACCUGAGCUAGUGUAUGGUGCUGAGAGAUUCAUUCACGAUGCCAAAGUCACCUGUAUCUCCACGGAACCGGUUAGCGAUGAUGCUUUUAGGUCAGAUCUCAUCCGGCAGGCUUUGCCUCCAAGGGCGGUGCAUGAGAGCUCUCGCGAGGAUAAGACCUGGGGAGUCCAAGAUCUCUCCUUUGUUUGUCAACAUAGAGAGGAACGCUGUUGGGUCAAUAAGAAGUUGAGGGAAAUUCGAAAUGGAACAUAUGAAUCUGACAAUGUAUUUUGUGGCAAGGUACUCGCCGUGCUAAUAGGGGUCUCGUACCACGAUACUGCCAUCCGUACCUAUAGUCUGGCUUUCAAAGAAGCAGGCAGCUUACACGAAAGAGUUAGAUACCAGAUAUGGACUGGCUGGUCAGACGGCGCUAAGAUCUUCGAUCGGGUUGGUUCAAAAUUCCUCAUCGAGGUCGGAUGAUCCGAGAGAACAGAUAGCGACUCUGGAACAAAAGAAGAAUAAGUAGACAGU